AUGACACUCAUCGAAAAUCUUGAUUUGGCACAAAUUAUUCUUACUCGUUGUGUCUUAGCAAUAUGUAUGUUAUUGGGUAUUAUUGGUUCUUUGUUUAAUCUUAUUGUUUUUUGUCAAAAGAAAUUUCGUUCAAAUUCAUGUUCAGUUUAUUUUAUAGCAACAUCUAUUUUUAAUUUAUUGGUUAUUCUAUGCGGUAUUAUCCCAGAACUUCUAGCUUCUUAUCGAAACUAUGAUAUAGCCUUAUAUUCAUCGACAUUUUGUAAAACUAAAUCAUAUAUAAUACAUGCUUUUCUAAUGAUGUCUCGUUCGAGUGUUGCACUAGUUUGUAUUGAUCGAUUUGCUUUAUGUUCACGCAAUGCUUAUAUUCGCCGUCUAAAUCAACGUCAUAUAACUAUUUUAUUGAUGAUUAUAGCAUGUAUUCUAUGGUUAAUUGUACCAAUUCAUGUUCUAGUUUAUGUUGAUAUUCAAAUGCCUAAACGACGAUGUGGUGCUUCAGGUACAUAUCUAAUUAUUUAUAGUAUUUAUGCAGCAAUUGUCACAUUGAUUCCACUUGUUAUAAUGGCUAUAUAUUCCUUUUUGGCUGUUAAAAAUCUUCGACUAACUUUUGCUCGAAUUCAUGUGACUACAAUAAAUACUAAUGAAACUAUAAAUAGAUCAAUAAGAGUACAAAAACGAGAUAUUCAAUUGAUGACUAUUGUAAUAAGUGAAGUAGUUGUCUAUUCUAUAUCAACAGUGUCCUAUCCAAUAUAUUCAAUUUAUUUGGCUAUAACAUUAGAUAUUUCAAAAACACCAAAUCGUUUAGCAAUUGAAGGUUUUAUUCGUUAUUUAGCACUUGGCUUUUUUAUAUUUAUUAAUUCAUGUUCAAUAUUUUAUAUUCAACUUUUGGCUUCAAAACCAUUUCGUCAAGAAUGUAAACUAUUGAUUUUACGUUUUUUGAAACGUGAUCAAAAUCAUAGAAUAUUGAAAACAACAUUGGCAGCAUUAAAUGCUAGAAAAUAA